GACGAAGAAGCAAGCAUGGGAAUUGAAUAUUGAAAGAGCGAGCCGAAGUAGCGCCGUAUGGCGGUCUCGGUAGAGGAGGUGAGGAGACUUGACGGAGGCUCUCCUCCUGCGAAGGACGUCACUGCUCGACUGGUAGCCAAGGCGGCGGCGGUCUUCGGUCUACCGAACCUAGUGCUCGCCUCUGCUGGUCCUUCUCGAAGGAGGGGAAGCGAGGAUCAAGAGAGCAUAUUGUGGGAAUGCGAGUCUCGCUGCAGCUGCACGCCCAUCGCCUGCAUUUCUGCAAGCAGCGACCGAGGUACGGAGAGAGGGGGAGAAGGAAAAGUGCCGAAAACUCCUGCCGUUCUGGACUACCCAGCCACCACCACUGCUGGGAACGAUGAAUCCGCUGAAGAGGAUAGGCUUGCCGCGGUAGAAGACAACUGCUGGAGAUUUCUAUCAACUGACAAUAAUUUGAGCUACACCGAAAUGAAAUCUCAAGCCCAGUCUCAAGAGGCAUCGAUUGUUGAUUCCAGAGCAUCAUCAAAAGAGAGUAGAAAUUUAGCCAAGCAUGCUGAAAGACGUAACACCUAGUGCGACAAUAUCGUCCGCAGAAUCAGGUGAGGGAAUGUCAGUGAAAGAAUCAGACAAACCAGUAGAGAACCCACCUCUGAAGGAAGAUAAUACUGAACAACAAGUUGAGAGGCAAGUAAAGACAGAGGGAAGCCCCCAGGCAGAGAGAACCGGUGCACUCUCGCAGCCGGAAACAUCGGUAGCUCACCGGAGAAGACGAGCGAUAGCAGAUUUCGAGAAGGAGUGGACGUUUAGGCCUCGGUUGAACCUCACCAGUCUCCAGCUGGCGUCACGCUGCGGCCGCUCCAGUGUGCCCGUCUCCCACAGACUCUACCAGAGAAAGACGCUCAGCGUUCCUCAACUGCAAGAAGAGUUUACCUUUGCCCCCAAGUUGAACGCAGCGUCACUUCGUCUUGCACAGGAGAGAGCUGACCGACUACCCGAGGUCAGUCUUAGUGGUACAGUGGGUGUAGUAUGUAG